AAACAAUUAUUCUUGUAGAUAUGUACGAACAAAUAAUGAAGUUUGGAGCAUACAUUGUUGAUGGGUUGCGAGAGUACAACCAGCCAAUCUUGAUAUACAUUCCACCAAAUGGGGAGUUACGUGGAGGCGCUUGGGCUGUAGUGGACACAACCAUCAACCCACGGCAUAUGGAGAUGUAUGCAGAUCCUGAGAGCAGGGGAGGAGUAUUGGAGCCUGAAGGUAUUGUUGAAAUAAAGUUCCGAGCUAAGGACUUGGUGAAGACAAUGCACCGAAUUGACCCUGUGAUUAUCUCAAAAAAGGCAGAGUUGCUGUCAGUGAAUUUGUCACCAGAGCAGCGUAUACUGCUAGAACGGCAGAUCAGUGACCGAGAGAAGUUCCUCAUGCCAAUGUACCAUCAGGUGGCUGUGCACUUUGCAGAUCUUCACGACACUCCCGAGAGGAUGCAGGAGAAAGGAGCCAUUAUGGAUGUGGUUCCUUGGCGCAAAUCACGCCGUAUCCUGUUCUGGAGGUUAAGGAGGUUACUUCUGGAGAACCAAAUAAAGAGCCAGAUGCUGAAUAUCCAGCCUAACCUGAGCGUAGGUCAAGCUGAAGCCAUGCUGAGGAGGUGGUUUGUAGAAGACAAGGGCACCACAGUGGCAUACUUGUGGGAGAACAAUGAGGCAGUUGUGUCAUGGCUGCUCACUCAGCUUUCAGAAGAACGACGAGAUCGCUCUGUGGUGGCCAAUAACCUCCAUUGUGUCAAAAAAGAUGCCAUAAUCCAGCAGAUCAAAUCUAGUCUCGAGGAAUGUCCAGAUGUGGCACUGGAUGCUGUUGUUGAAAUUGUUCAGCACCUGGCGCCCCACCAACGUACAGAAGCUCUAAGGACAUUGGCCCAACUAGAAUCAAUCUCUAAAGAGCAAGAACAGCAGCAACAAAAUACAGCAAGUGAAUGAUGAUGUAGAUGCUGUUUGCUGCAUUCUUAGUGUUGAACCCUCACUAACAAGCAUGUCAUCCCCACUAUGACACCCCCUUCCUUCAGUGCCUGCUUUCCUGACAUCUCAUUGGUCCGCAAGAAUUUUAAAUAUUCAUAGUAGUACAUGCUCUCAAAUGGUAAUAUUUUUUUGUGAAAUACGGUACCGAGUUAUUAGGUAAACAAAUAUGCCUUUAAUUUACAGUGGCCAUAUUAAUUAAACAUUUCCUUCAGAAAACUAUUGUAUCUCUCUCGUGCAAUCCACAGUAUUGAGCUGUAAAACAUGGUGCAACUUAUAUAGGAAAAUAUGCUUUGCAUGGUGACGUGUUGUUUUGUUGUGCAAUUUUUAUUUUGUAUUUUGACAAACACUAGAUAUUUUAAAUUAAUGUCCCACCAUUUUAAUACUAAACCAAUGAAGCCAGUUUAAUAUGUAGUCACUCUUAUAAUUACCAUUUUUAUCUAAAUUAACAUAGCCUUGAAUCUAAGGUGGUAUAAAAUUAGAAGCUUGAUUAGAAAGAAGGAAAUUAACAGUUUGAACAAAAAUUAUAUUACUGCGCACAUGCUGGAAUCACACAGCAACUCAGCUGUUGUUAAGCCUAUGUUGUUCACUAUCAUCACUUGAAAAUGUUCAUCAUUUGCUUUUAUAAUUGAUACAGAAAUUUUCUGCGUUA